GGGCUGCGCCUGGGAGCGCGAAACAUGGCUGGGUGGGGUGCUGGCUGCGGCGGCGCUAGCAACGACUGGUAUUACGAGGGCGAGGGCGACUACAGUGUGUUCAAGGCGGCUGUGGAGGUGUUCGGGAAGCUGAAGGAACUAAACUGCCCCUUCCUAGAGGGUCUGUAUAUCACAGAACCAAAGACGAUUCAGGAACUGCUAUGUAACCCCUCGAAGUACCGCUUGGAGAUCCUGGAGUGGAUGUGUAUACGGGUCUGUCCCACCUUGCAGGACAAGUUUAGCUCACUGAAGGGGGCCCCGGCAGAGGUGAAGAUCCAAGAGAUGGUGAAAUUAGGCCAUGAGCUGAUGCUGUGUGCACCAGAUGACCAGGAACUCCUGAAGGGCUGUGCCUGUGCUCAGAAGCAGCUGCACUUCAUGGACCAGUUGCUGGAUGCAGUCCGGAGCCUGACUGUUGGGUACUACAGUUGCUCGAGCCUAAAGGAGCACUUCGAGGACACCAGGGAGAAGAAUGAGGCAUUGCUUGAGGAGCUCUUCUCCAACCCCCACCUGCAGACGCUCCUGAACCCCCGGUGUGACUCAUGGCCCCUGGACAUGCAGCCCCUCCUUGAUGAGCAGAGUGAUAACCGGCAGCGGGCUGGCGCCUGUGCCGGGUUUGAGGAGGAGAAAAUGGUGGAGCUGGCCAGGCAGCUGCAGAACAGCACUGCGAAGCUGCAGGCACUCAGGCUAGAGUGCUUUGUGCAGCGCAAGCAGGGGACCCCUACGGGCGGGGCUGACACCAGCACCCUGGACCAGAAACUGCGCCUGGUCAUCUCAGACUUCCACCAGCUCAUCUUGGCUUUCCUCCAAGUCUACGACAAUGAGCUGUGUGAGUGCUGCCGGCGCCCAGGCCCUGACCUCCACCCAUGUGGCCCUGUUGUCCAGGCUGUGUACCAGUCUCUGACUUCCUGCAGCCAACUACUGAAAGCCAUGGCGAAGCUUGCUGACACCUCUGUGAGAGCUCUGGAGAUGGCGAGGAAGCAGCAGGGUGAGCAGAUCUGCUGGGGCAGUGACAGCUCUGUGAUGAGCCUAGCCACCAAAAUGGAUGAGCUAACACAGAAAUACAAGGUCUUCAAUGAAGUUGUACGCAAAGGCCCAGGAUAGCUUGAGGGCAGGAAGCCCUCCCCAAGGGCCGAGCCAUGGCAGGAGGAGCAGUUACAGCCCUAUCGUUUUCUAGCAGGGUCCUGGGCAUUGGGGAGGAAGGGAGGGCUGGCAGGGAUUGCCAGAAGAUUUGAACUGGGCACAAAGGAAACUUGGGGCUCAGUGAAGUUGCCUUCAGCCUGUUUUUUGCGUCCGUGGCUCUGUGUCACUCUUUCCUACCCUCUGCUCAAGUGUCCCAGGUCCAGGCCAGUGAGUUGCAGCCCUCCUGCUGCCCUGGCAGGCUAGGCUGUGUCCUCUCCAUGUUCUGUCCAUUCUUUCCUCCUCCUCCUUCUUUCACUGGGUGCUCAGCAUAGGCCAGGGAAUUUUUGCCAGUGGCCUGACUGGUUGUCCAGGAAGCUGCUCUUGGGCUUCCCAGGUGACCCAGUACCUCCAUGAGCACUGUGCCUGUCAUAGCCACCUCCCUCCCCAGGAACUUGGGAACAGGAACGACUGGUGGGGCCUUUCCCGCGGCUCUCUGUGGGGCUAGGAGUGGGGAGGGUUUCCCUCACACCUGCUGCUUCCCACCAUGGCCUGCUCCCUGCCACUGUCGCCUGUACUUCCCUAAGUCCCCCUGUGGGCACUCAAGACAAGGAAGCCACAGACCCCUCCUGCCCAGUCUCUUGGAGUAUUCCCUGGGCUGCUACUAUGGGAAGUGGGAAGACAGGCAGGCCUGUGGUCACCAGU